AUUCAAAACGACGAGAUGUGGACUAAGAGUGUAUUUUAUCGCGCAUAUAGCUGACAUUUAAGACUACUACAGAAUUAAUGCUAGUUAGCUAAACAUUCAGAGUGGUGUCAACUCACUUCUUUCCCAGCUUCUACCCAUAAUGCAUUUCGACUGACAGGAAAUUUCUGUUCUCCUGUUGGCGCGCCGCUACGAGUUUACGAACAGUCGGCAUGAGUUGGUGAAUAGUGUUAUUGCUCGAUUAAAUAUAUUUAUCACACAGCUAACGUUAGCAAUCGGUCCUAUGUCUGUCUACGUAUAGUGAUAACGCUAACUUAACCUGUAAUAAGGAGCGAUCGGACCUGACAGGCAUACGAAGCUCAGUUUCGUUGUUGCUAAAGUUAAAGUAGUAAUAGUAGUAAGUAAUUGGUCAGUGGAAACAUGCAACACAGCGAUUGUCUGCUUUCAUUCUGUGGGAAUAUAAUAGCAUUUAACUGUAAACAAGCUCCUUUCGUCACAAACGACUGCGACAGUGAGUUAAUGUUUAGUAGUCUGUCAUUUGAACGCCGUGAAAACAGGUUCGUGAAGGCGUCCGAUGGAGCAGCUGUGAUGAGCAGGAAGAGGUCUGUCCGUGUGGAUUUGAUCAGAUGUGCGCGUGUCGUGCACGCUCAGAAGAGAGUCACCACACCGUGUGUGUUAACAGCAAGGAAGCUCGAGAAAGGAGGCAGCUACCGGUACAGUGUCCACACACUGAGCAGCUCACACGGACUAGAGCCCUGCAUGGAGUUUAAACUCCCAUAUGAAAUGAAUGGGAGCGUGCGCAUCCUGCACGGCCCCACUGUGUUAUGGAGCCACGAGGGGGGUGUCUUUUACACGUCUCUGCAGGCAUCAGAAGUGAGACAGAUUCCCAUUCAGCUGUCCCACUAUAUUAUUGGAGAACUUCCCCUCCACAAGGAAAGACUAUUUGUUCUUGGACUGCAAAAUGAUUCAGAGCAGUGCUCCAAUAACCCGUCAACCAGACAAACCUUGGGCUAUUUUGUUGAUACUGGACGUGAGUUCGAUGGCUGUAUGAUUUUACCUCCCCCCUAUGCUCGCAUCACGCGGUGCAUCUUGGCGCUCUCAGCUGACAAAGUGGAUGGUGUGCUGAAGUGUGCUGUAGUUGCAGCGACUUCUAAUCAACAGAUAGUUUAUUUGGAGAACGGCAUUGUAAAAGAUGUGUGUCCGCUCCCCUUCGAGCAGCCACAGGAGAUUCAGAUGGUCCACACUGGGCGAAAUGGCUGCCUGUUCGUCAUAUCCUUUCACCAUGGUCAUGUUUGUGCUGUGUGGAAAGACACAUUUCAGGUAGCCUCCCAAUGGUCAGGCAUCAGCUCUGUUCACGUGGAUGACUUCCUGAGGUGUGGAACAGACCAGAUGCUGUUGAUUUCUAAAGAUCAAGAUGUAGCAGGACCGCUGCUGGAUCAGUUUUUGCUCACUGACCUCUGUGGCAUUUCAAUUUCUCGGAGCCAGGACAGUGGAGCUACAAAGAAACCUCCUCCACCAGAAAGUUAUCUACUCACUCUUCGGGCUUUAGAGUCCAGAUUGCAGAGUGGAUUGGCUGUUCUUCAGGAGCUUCAACAAGAAUCAGCAGUUACAGAUAAACUUAUACACCAGUCUGUUAAAACCCUCAUUGACCUGGUCUCAGGAAGAGAACCCGUUUUCACAAAGCCUGAGCAGGAAGGCCUUGUUGCUCUGUGGGACAGCGAUGAUGAUGAUGAUGUUGAUGAGUCAACGGAUGAGGCUUUGGAUGACAAGACACAAGACAUGCCAGCAGUGUCUUCAGAACCUCAAGUUGACAAGCUGUGGCAUCGAAUAGCUGAGAACCAAAUGGUUGUGGGAGUGAUACUAACUACUGAAGGCUCAGUACCACUGGCCAGUGUGAGCUUAUCCAUCCUGACAGAGAUGAGCCAGAGCUCAGCGCCUGCAGUCAUCCAGACCAAGAGCCAAGUGUGCUGGCUCCCUUUGCCCUGGUCCUCGUCUUCAUCCUCCUCCUCCUCCUCCGCUGUCCCCACAUCCUUAGAGCCCGCAGCCAAAAGAAGCAAGCAGCACAUCGCCGGCGGACCCGACCAUCUCGACACACGCAGACUGGCUGUGACUGCUGUGACCGAGCUGACACCUCUGUUGAACUCUGGCUGUGUCAAGUGUUGUGUCAUGCUCCAUUACAUCCAGAGUCAAGAUGCUUUUUCCCUCGUGAGCAAUCCAACACCGGUUGUCCGGUAUUGUGGUCAAGUAGUGAUAGACAUUCAAAGUGAUUUCCAAGCCCAGUUGCUGAAAAACCCUGAACUCAAAACAGAUGAGAUGAAAGAAGACUUGAUGAGUUUGUUGGCAGUGCUGAAUCGCUGGGUCUUCCUCAUAGACUCUCCUGACCAUAGCUUGGGUGAUAUAAAUGGCUGGAUUCAAAAAAGAGUGGGUUGUGAGAGGAUCGAAGUGAGUCCCCAGUAUCUACUCUUUAAUUCUUCAACACCAUCUGCUGUCAUGCUGGUGCAUUGGCAUCAGAUAAGCCCAUUCCAGGGGGAACUCACUGUCCACUCCAGCCAGUUGCAGAUGAUGCAGUUCCUGAGCUCGCUGUUGACUUUCCUCCCUGCGUCCUGCUCCGUUCAUCCCAUGAAAGGCCCGAGACAACAGGGCGCGGCUCGCAUGUUUUCUGUGGCGUUAGAAAAAGAGGUCGAGUCGCUCAGGGAGCGCGUGUCUGCGCUGCUCCGCGAGGACGGAGCGGAGAGAGGGGACGAGGGCGGACACGGGCGCUCCUCAGGACCGGGUGCUGCUGAGGGGCUGCAGAGGAGUCGGGACGAGUGGCAGCGGGACGUGGAUGAGGCCAAGAAGAGGCUGAGCCCCGUGGUGGACGUGGAGAAGUACCGUGAGCUGACCCUGAGUCUGUCCAAACUCCAGCUUAAUUGGGAUUUGGCAGCUCUCUUAGAAAUAGAACAAACUUUGCUCAGCUAAUGCUGCCACAUCGGCCGCCGCUGAGCGCGUGUUGUCUCCGCUCCACAUUAAAUCAGCUCUUAAAACGACCUCCUUUACGGUCUUCUGUUGAGCUGAGCCGUGUGUCAGCUCUGUGAGGCAGCCUCAUGGGGUUUAUAUCUAUCUAGUGUCGUGCUGUGUAGCGCCUCAGCCUAUUCCUAUUGCAUCCCCCUGAGUUUCACAGCCUUAAUGUGAUACUGAUGUGAUACUGCUCUGUGCUCGGCUUAUUCUUCUGAACCGUGUUCCUCUAGAAAUCCCAUGUGUUCAGAAACGAUCCGUUCUAUCUGCUGCCGCUGUGCACUGUUCAAUAGGAGGGGAACCACUCUAAUCCUGGAGUGGGAAGCUGUUUGUGUUGUGAAUAAAGACAAUAGAUAAUGGUCAAACGAGAGGUUGUACGCUGACUCGCUCACUGUAGUUGGCAGAACAUUUGAGUGGCUCCUGUUUCCUGUGAAAUGCUGAACAAAAACACGUCGGCUUCACUUUGGUCUUCGUUCAAGUAAACGUUGAGUCUUCCUUUAAAGUACCUUGUCCUAUGUGGAUACAUGCGCCCUCUGGCCGCUUUGACUCCCAGUGUUAAAAAAGGCUGAACGGCUCCUCUGCCCAGUUGGAAGCCUAUGAACACGAAUGUGCUUUUUGUUUGUGGGACGAGCUGCCCAGAGGAGAGAGAGAGAGAGAGACGAGCACCCUGCUCUUGCACCUCUGCGCGUCUGCUUCACUGCACAGCUUCCACCAGGUUCCCCCCAAACAUAGCGGCAACAUAAUUGCAUCAUAUUUUUAGCUUCGAUUUACAUGUUUCACAUUUGAUAAUAAACCAACUGAGAGUUUGCGUAAUUAAAAAAUUACAAAAAAUGUUUCUUCAUCGCGUUACAAUGAAAAUAUGAAAAUAAAGCUCCCGCUCUGUUA